UUUGACACAAUAUCAACCUUCAUAACGUCAAAUAAUUUAUUUGUCUUUUUGUGACAGUAAAAAAUGGUGUACCCUCACUCUUACAGAACUGAACACAGCGAAACGCGAACUACAAACAGUGUCUACGGAGAGUAUUACGCCCAACAUCAGAGUAAAAGAAUUCCAAUUCAACCCGAUUUGUUAAAAAUCAUCCAAUUUAUUGACUCACACCGUGGCAGGUUUCUCAAAGAUUUGGCCGAUGUUGUGAUGAUCAAAUCAGUAUCCGGCAAUUUGGAAUACAAAGAUGAGGUGCAAAAAAUGAUUGAUUUUACCCAAAACUGGCUCUCGAAACUUGGACUAAAGUAUGAGCGUUUCAAUAUUGGGUUUCAUGAACUCGGGGGUGAGAAACACCGACUACCGGUCAUUCUUUUGGCCUCUUUAGGAAACGAUCAACGAAAGAAAACGCUUUGCAUUUAUGUGCAUUUGGACGUUAAGGAGCCAGAGGCGAGUAAAUGGCAGACAGAUCCGUGGAGUGUCAGUCAAGUUGGUCAUUCGAUUUUUGGCUGUGGCGUAGCGCAGGGAAAAGCUACUCUUAUUCAUUGGUUCCACAUUAUUGAAGCGUUUCAGAAAAGUAAUAUUGAAUUCCCGGUUAAUUUGAAAUUUAUCAUUGAGUCGAUGUACCACUACGAUAGUGUCGGUUUGGCCGAUUUUUUGCCUUUGAGAAAACACGAUUUUUUUGUCGAUAUUGAUAAUAUCAUUGUUUGUGAUGGUGAGUGGAUUGGUGAGAAGCACCCUUGCAUCAUUUAUGGUACUAUUGGGGUCAUACAUCAUGAUAUUUUUAUUGAAAAAGUUCCUGGCUCUAAAACUGAUCCGAGGGACGAUAUGGUUGAAAUAUUUAAGGAAAUUGUUGACGAGAAGGAACAUAUUUUGAUCCCGCACUUUGAUGAUAUUGUCUCGCAAAUUACUCCAGAGGAGGAGAAGAUGUAUGAAGAUAUUUGUGAUUUCAACAUUGAUGACAUAAGAGACAAUUUGCCCUCUUACAAGCAAAAAUGGGAUAAAGUCAAACUCCUAAUGCAUUAUUGGCGCCUACCUUCGAUAUCAAUUGGUGAAACCGAAGAAUGCACUUGUGAGAAGAAAGAAGUGGACAUUGUUAAAAGACAUUUUGUUGUAAAAAUCGUUCCUCGCCAAAUUAUCAACAGAACAGUGAAUAUGACAAAAAAUCACAUUAACAGUGUUGUUAAGAAACUUAACAUUGAAAAUAAAGUCACUUGCGAGGAAGUUUCUUCAACCAGAUAUUGGCACGAAAGUGUAGCCAAUCCCAAUUAUCAAGCUGCAAGAAGGGCAACAAUCCAAAUUUAUAAAGAAGAUCCGAGCAUGAUCAAACUUGAUAAACCUAUGGUUUUGUUAACUAUUCUUGACAGAGUUCUGGAGAAUAAUAUUCUUCUUCUGCCAUUGGUUACGUCUGGUUCUAACGCAAGCAUGGAAAACGAAAAUAUAACAGUACGAACGUUUUAUGAGAGUACCAAGCUUCUGGCUGCUUAUUUGUUUCAAUUAGCAAAAUGAUGAUAAAUACAGAGUGAUUACGCAAAAUCGUUUUUUUUUUCAACUUCAGUAAAAAAAUAAAAAGUACUAAUUUCUUACUCCAA